AUGAAAACAACUUUUGUGGCUAAAAAGUCCGUCAAGAAACGAGUUGAAAGUGACCUACAACAGCCUAAAGACAGGGAUCCCAUCGAUUCCAAGAUGGUGUCUGAAACCCAGACUGAAGAGAAGCGUGUUGAUGACAAUGAAGCGCAACGCAUGGCUGACAAGAUUGAGGCACAACGAAUUGCCGAACGUGAAGCUCGCAGGAGUGGGCAUUACAACAGCAUUGUUCCAAACUUGUCAGAGUGGUGGAUGCAGAAUUUAUAUUCAGGAGAUGCUGUCGACGAAGCAUUGGAACGCCAUGACCGUAUCCAUACGGGUAACGCACUUUUUAUGGCAUGGGAAGAACGUUUCCCGGGCGCUUGGAACCAACCUUGCCUUUGGUAUGACAAUCCGUUUAACGAUAUAACAGGGACAGCAACUUGUGAAGAUCGUUUUGCCCGCAUUUUCACAUCGAUGAAUUCGGAUAACAGUCAAUUGACAAUAAUAAUAACGGAGACAUUAAUCGUUAAUAUGCUACUCUGUGGGCAUUCAAUUGCCGGUGAAAUAUUCGGCUGUAAAGGUCAACUACUGUGA